UCGUGGUUAACUUUCCUUUCCAUGCGACUGAGGAGCAGACAUUCUAAUUUUGCCUCUUCCACCCAACCCACCUGGCUACUCUCCUUGUCUUGAUGCAUUCAUUGAUUUACCGGCUGUUUCCUAUUCUCCGAUAACCAGGGCUUUCUAAAUACUUUUUUUUCUUCUCGUCCGAUGUUAUGAUCAUGAAGCUCCACACAAUCACCAUCCUGCUUGGCCUGGCUGUGCCAGCGCUGUCUGAUGUCACAUGCGGUGUUGCACACGGCUACGACCGAGGCACAAACGCCUACUUCUACAGCGGCGACGGGAGCCUGUCGACAUUUGCCCUAUGCUCUGCCAAGUGUGUGUCAGACUCAAAGUGUCAGAGCUUCGCCUUUGGCGACUCUGAAUGUCUGCUCUACUCAACACCACUUGAUACCAAUUUCCGGCAGCAAUCCGACUCGCCGUUUCUCUUCUACGACCGGGACUGCACCGAAGUCCAAUCAACAUCGAGCUUCGCCACUGUCAUGCCGACGACGACGGCGCCUGCUACAACCGCAGAAGCACCAACGACGUCAGACGAUACUACUGCGAUUGCUGCCUCGGCAACUUCUGCCACAGAGACCAGCGCGCCAAGUGUAACAUCUCAGCAAGACGGCAGCUCGUCAUCGCAGAGCGACCCAGCCGCAACAGGCACUACAACCGGCUCGGGCACCACCGAUGCUGGAGGACAGACCGCUACAGGUACAGAUGGAUCCGUAGCCUCGGCAACGGCGACCACGAGCGCAGCGGCUGGCGCCUCCACGGACUCUCAAUCCAGCGGCUCAUCAUCUCCUGACGCUGGCACCGGCACAUCGAGCACUUCAGCACCUACCUCCACGGCAUCUAUACAAUCUGGCGCUUCAGCUGUCUUGUUCGGAAGCGGCAGGUGGUUGGGCUCCUUUCUUCUAUGCUCUUCCUUCCUAGCCUGGCUCUAGAUCCAGACAUGGCACUUUCCGAUCUUGAAGGAUAGCAAGCGGGUGAGACUCGAUCAGGGUUCCGCGUAUAUAAAAGAGGGAAGAUUUGGUUGAUGUGAGUUUGCAACUUGGCUGGGCUCAUGAAUGGCAGUUUCUGAGAACUGCAUUAACUGGGGGCAUUUUUGCCACAUAAUGAGUAUGAUUUUAAUAUGAGCUUUUUCGGGGCAAAGCCCUUCUGUAUGUAUAUAGGUAUAUAUACCAAUGUAUACAACUUACAAUCCUCUC